AUGCCCAUCAAAGACCUCUUCCGCUCUUCCAAACUUGGCCCCGAAGACGGCACAACCCCAGCCACCAUCAUCUCCCCCAUCGAAGAAGAAAUCACCAUCCUCUCUGACAUCACUCAAGAGCUUGUCAAGACCCUCUCCGCGCCGCCCUCGAGCGAGCAGCCUCUCAGCGUGGACCAGGAGCAGUACCGCUACCUGCAGGAGAUGUUCGACAAAGGUGUUUCCAGCCGCAAUAAGAUCCACCAUAUGAUCGCGGAGGGAGACGUCAACAGGGCAGUGGUGAGAAAGUACGAGGAAGCGAAGAAGGAGUUUGAUUAUUUGCUCCACGCAUAUAUGCAGGGAAAGACAACGAAGGUGGAGGAGAAGGCAGAGCCGGAGGCGAAGAGCUUGUUGAAGAGGGCGGGAGAUAGGUUGAGGAAGAUGAAGGGCUCCAAGGGGGCGGAUGGAGAGGUCUAG